UUCGAAUUUCGUCUCAAGUUUUCGGGGAAAAUGCUACUCCCUAGAAUUAAUUAUUGGAGGAUUUCUUUCCCAGGAGAAACAAAUUCCCGGAGAACGAACGCCCCUGGAAUAUUAAGAACUGGGCUGAUAAAAAUUUUAUAAAAUAGUAGUGAAUACGAAAUAAAAUUAAUGUAUAAAAAAAUUGUGUAGUUCUACAGCGUCACCCUGCGACAACCUUCCUUGUACAUGGCAUAAAGCUGCUUUCUGGCAUGUAGGACAACAACAACAAACUUUUAUAAGCAGAUGACAGCAAUGACAGUAGUUGAGAAAUAUCAGCGAAAAAAAUAAAAAAAACAGAGGUGCAAAAAUUGAUUAGAAAAAAUUAAAAAAGGAAAGUGAAUCAAAAUUGAAGUGCUUAUUAAAAAUAAAUUUUAAGGAUUUGCCUCGGUAACGAAAACUGCAGCGCAAGUACUUAUGUAGAGCUGAGCAAUUAGACAUAAGCUAAAAGACUACGGGGCCCUCCGUUUAAGGAGGUGACGAAGUCCAGCAAUUGUGGCAUUUCCAGGUGUGACUUAACACUAUCGCUCGCACAUAAACCCAAGUAGAAAAAAACCCCGUUUGUAUAUGUACAUAUGUGCAGUUUAGUUAAAUAAAUAAUACGAAAAUCAAAUAAACAAACGCUGGUGGAGUUAAAAAGUUAUGACCGGCAGAAUGCGUAACACCACAAAAGUUGAGGCACUUAUUGAGAGCUGUCGCAGCGAAGGCAAGUGGCAGCGUGUCAUCGAGCUGACCGAGGAACUCAAAACGGGCUCGCCCAACAAUGAAUGCCUUGCAAAUUUCCUUAUUGGUGAGGCGAAACUGGAAAACUACCUCGAAGAAAAUGCACCCAUCGAAAGUAAUUUUGCCAAAGCCAAAGCCGGACUGCAAGAUGCGAGACGCUGUUUGCAACUAGUCACCGGUGAAAAUGGCCAGAAGGCGGGCAUUGCCCUUGACGCGUACUUGCUUCUGGCUAAGCUGUGCUACGCCUGCGGCGAGUACGAGAAAAGCUUGGAAAACUUUGUUAAAGCCGAGCUCAAUACCUUGGCUGAAAAAGAAUUGACACUCCGCAGCUUAAAAAUCUUAGCUGAAUCAUAUGCCAUAAAAGGGUUGUGUUUGGAAAACCAGACCAGUAAGCCCACAUCGAAAUUUAAAAAGGCCGAAAAAGAAACGGAAAUGAUUUCUUGCUUUGAGCGCGCCACUGACUUGGGUCUAUUGUAUUUGCAAGAGCAAGAUAUUGCCACAUAUUCUUCAGCGACGAAUAACGCAGUCAAUGCGGGUUCUAUGUUGGCCAUAAACACCACUAGCAAUAUGGUUGGUCUACAAUCUUCGCUGGGUGGUAGUAGUCUCACGAUAAGCACCACCAUACCUGCCAAUCCACUCGAACUUAACCGUCGCAUGGGUGCCAUACUCGAGACAGCACUGCAACGCGCCCCAAUUGUGCUAAUUAAGGCGGGCAAAUUACAAGAAGCCAUCGAGCGUUAUCGCACCAUGCUGAAUGCGAUCGAAACAAAAACAACGCAAUCAUUGCGCUUAACACUGGCACGUCAAUUGGCAGAAGUACUGCUGCGCGGUGUCUCAGGAACCAUUUAUACAGCGCCAUUCACCAAGAAGCCAACAGGACAGGCACUCCGUUCGACCACAACAAAACGCUUGUGGAAACCACGCAAAUAUGCGGCACGAACUCAAUUUACGCCACGUAACCAGCAUGAGGAGACGAUUCUGUUGUUACUUAUUUCAGAAGCAUUAGCGGUGCGCGACACAGUGCUCUCACAGAGUCCAGAAUUUCGUGUAGCUCGUCAGCAUGCAAUGGGUAAUGCUUCAGCAGUAUAUGAUUUGCUUACACUUGCAUCAGUGCGUUGGGGUUUGGUAAAUAUGCUGCAGGAAUCUUUUGAAAAGGCGCUGAAAUUCUCUUUCGGCGAACAACAUGUCUGGCGGCAGUACGGUAUAAGUUUAAUGGCCGCAAACAAACAUGCACAUGCGCUGCGUGUUCUGCAGGAAUCCAUAAAAUUGACGCCAAGUGAUCCGCUGCCUUGCCUGCUGGCGGCGCGACUAUGCUACGAGUCGUUAUCGCAGAUCAAGGAGGGUCUGGACCUUGCGCAUCUAGCCCUCAAGCGCGAAACGAAAGGCAUACGUCCGUCACGCAGUCAGCUGUUCGUUGGUAUUGGCUACCAGCAAUUGGCUAUACUGACAACGCUAAAAUCGGAGCGCGACUUGUACAAUAAAUUGGCAUUGGAGGCUCUUGAAAAGGCUGUACAAAACGAUGGCAACGAUCAUCUCUGCGAAUAUUAUCUUUCGCUGCAAUAUGCGCUGCUCGGCAAUAUCACCGAAGCAUUAACACAUGUACGUUUUGCGCUGGCGCUGCGCACUGAGCAUGCGCCCAGUUUGCAUUUAUUCGCACUGUUGCUGACCGCAUCCCGGCGUCCACGCGAAGCUCUGGCCGUUGCGGAGGAUGCAUUGGACGAGUUUCCGGACAAUUUGAAUUUAUUGCAUGUUAAAGCCCACCUUCAACUGCAUUUACAAGACGCCGAAUUAUCACUGGUUUCGGUGCAAAAGAUGCUGGCCAUUUGGCGUGAGCUGUACGAGGGGCAAGUGAGUGCCGAGGAGGAAAAACAGUCGGAUACCAAAAGUAUUGUGGUGCAUGUCAAUCCGACGGUAGUCUCAUCGCAAAUGUCUGACAAGGAUUCAAAUUCGGUUUAUGCUGCUUCCCUGGCGGCAGUUUCCCGCGUCGAACAGGCUUUGAGUGAGGCGGCCAGUUCGCUGAGUUCUUUUUCGCCGCGUCCCGGGCCCCAGCGGCCAUGGAUGAUACAGAUAAAGAUUUGGCUUUUACUCGCUGAUGUCUACUUGAAUAUCGAACAACCACAUGAGGCUUUGAAUUGUAUACAAGAAGCCUCACAAAUAUAUCCGCUCUCACAUCAAAUUAUGUUUAUGCGCGGUCAAAUUUACUUAUAUCUAGAGCAAUGGAACGAUGCCAAACAAUGUUUCCUUAAUGCCGUUUCGGCCAAUCCAAAUCACACAGAGGCAUUGCGUGCACUUGGCGAGACACAUCAUGUACUUGGUGAGCCCAGGCUAGCGGAAAAAAUGUUAAAAGAUGCAGCACGUUUGGAUCCCAACUGUCCGAAAAUAUGGUUUAGCUUGGGCAAAGUCAUGGAGACGCUAGGCGAUUACACUGCCUCCGCCGAUUGUAUGGCUACAGCGCUGCAAUUAGAGCCAACAUGUCCAGUACUUCCAUUUACCUCAAUACCCCUGACCUUCGAUUGAGGGCGGAAAAUUCAAUAUUUGCGCGAAAUACUGCUGCUGCGUGGAGUUGGUUGCACGUUGAGUUUAACCGGGUUGAGAAUGUACAUGGUAAUACAUUUAAAAUCCUUGUGACUUGGGUGCAAUAAAAAUAAUAUGAAAGAUGGGCGUAGUAUAUAGCGGUAAAAUUUACUUUAACUUUAACUAACUUUAUCGGUGUGUCUAUUGUAUUAUUAGCAAAUAUUAAAGUAGUUGAUUGUUAAUUAUACAUCGUUUAAUUUUGAUUUAUGUACUUUCAUCGUUAUUUGGUAUGAACCCCAUGUAUAUUCCAAAAAUUAAAAAUGUGCAUUCGUAAGUAGCAAUGGUGCGAGAUGGUAGAAAGAAUUCGUUUAUUUGUUUUUUUUUCGACGCCAUACAAGUACGCCUUUGGAAAUUGCAAUAUUUACUUACAUACUUGGAAACAGAUAAAUAAAUUUGUUAAAAAGAUGUGUAUGUACAUAUAUAUAUAAAUUAUCUUUCUAUAAAAUAAAUGUGUGUUUCAGGAAUUUAUAGUUAUACAUUUACCUACAUAUGCAUAUACAUACAUAUUUAGUGUAUGUAUUAUAUAUACCUCCUUCACAUUCAUAUUGUAUAUCAACAAAUACUGUAUUGCAAAUAAACACUAUUAUACUUGCAAAAAUAUGUUAAAUAAAAAAUUUGCAUUGAACGUAUUUUCAAAGUUUACAAACCCGUACUCCCUUGUUCUUAUAACUAACAGCAACUAAUAUCAAUACACAUUUGAGAUACAUAUGUACAUGGCAUAUCCCCCUAUUCGGAAAUGCAGCAAACCGAAGCUUCGGUGUCUUUUACUUCUAAACUAUAAUUGCCCAAUUGGCGCAGCUAAGUUCCAAUUCGGCAUCUAACCACGUUUGCGCAUAUUGCAAAUUUCCAUCAAUUAUAGUUUAGAAAGAGGCUGAUGCUUUGUUUGCUGCAUUUCUGAAUAGCCCCAUAUGUACAUGUUAUAUAAUAAUAAAAAUAUAUGUAAUAGUUAUGCUAAUAUUAAAAACUAAUAAUGUAUGAUAACAACAUAGAAACGUAUACUUUGAAACAAUUAUACAACUAUGAACAACAACAGUAUUAAAGCUCGUUGUAUUUACAAUUGCAACUUAAAUUUGGUAUAGGACUAUUCCACUCCUCACAGAGUAUAGUUUCUUUCUUCUUUUGUUCUCGGGUGUUUUAGUUUUGUUUUAAAAUACAGCAUUAGUAAAUUCCAGUUUAACGUAAGUUUUUUGAAACCAACGAAAUAUUCCAAUGCGAGAUUUGGUAA